UAGGCCAAAUACUCGAUUCCUCUCUCCCACGCCCAGCAAUGUCCGUUCAUCAAUCAAAUCCCUCGGCCCCCAAUUUCCCAACAACCGCCGCUCGAUUCCCAACCUCUCACUCCAGCACAGACCUUUACUCCCAAUACCAGCACGCACAAACACAAUCGCAAGUACAACCUGGAGCUACAACAGCAUCCGGAAGGCUGGAAACGAAGCCAAACCCUUCCUCCCUUUUCAAUACCCAGGUUGUGAGCCAGACGCCUGGCCAAAUCCCCUUCUCAUUCGCACCAACACAAGCACAAGACCCCGCCGCUGCUUUCCCCACGAACUCUUUAACCUCUGUCGGCACUUUACCUGAACACGGGAUAUUCCCGGGGAUUGUGCACGCACAUUUACGCCGCGGCACGGAUCUGGGAAGCGGAGAGGCCGCCGGUGCCAACGCUGACGGAGAUAGCCAGCAAAAGCCACAACAUGAACAACAGCAAGAGCAAGUGAAAGAUAAUAAAAAGCAUGAGUUUGAUGAUAAUGGUGAUGAUAGCGACGAUGAUGAGGACGGUGAUGAAGAUGGAGAGGCGGAGAGAGGGAAGGAAUGGACCUGGGGAGAGGAUGGGGUCGCGGAGGAGGAGAGAUAUUAUCACGAUCUCCACCACGACGAUGACGAUGGCGUGCUUCCUUGGGUAUGAAUAAAUAGAUCGUGGGGUAUUAUUUUGGUAUGGUUUUUGACAUAAUUAUUUUUUAUGUUGAUUUGGUAUAGUUCCAUGUAAAUUGAAUCGAGGUUUGACGAUUGGUGAAUGGGUGAGACGGAGUUUUUCCAUU